AUGCACCUUAAAGACAUAAGGAGCCAGACCCAAGCCAUGAUCCUGCGAGUCAUCUCCCUGGCUGCCCUUCUGAGCUUCCAUGGAACUGGGGCCAUCCGGGUGGGCCACGUGUCAACAUAUGUCGACUUUGUCCAGACACACAGACCCUCUGGGGAGUACAUGUUUGAGUUUGAUGGGGAUGAGCAGUUCUAUGUGGACCUGGAUAAGAAGGAGACCGUCUGGCAUCUGCCAGAGUUUAUUCAUGCCUUCAACUUUGAUGCGUGGAGGGGUAUUGCCGACAUUGUCAUGGCAAAGAAGAACUUGAACAUCCUGAUCCAACGGUCCAACCACACCAGGGCCACAAAUGAGCCACCCGAGGUGGCCGUGUUUCCCAAGGAGCCUGUGGAGCUUGGACAGCCCAACACCCUCAUCUGCCAUGUGGACAAAUUCUUCCCGCCUGUGCUCAAUGUCACAUGGCUGCACAAUGGGCAGACAGUCACCAAAGGUAUAGCUGAGAGCAUCUUCCUGCCCAGCACAAAAUUUAGGUUCCACAAGUUCCACUACUUGACCUUCAUUCCUACGGCCGAAGACGUCUAUGACUGCAAGGUGGAGCACUGGGGACUGGACCAGCCUCUCCUUCAGCACUGGGAGGCCCAGGAGCCAAUCGAGAUGCCUGAGACAAUGGAGACUGUGGUCUGUGCCCUGGGCCUGGUGGUGGGCGUGGCAGGCAUCAUCACUGGAACCAUAAUGCUGAAGACCAGGCGGCUCGACAGCGUCCCUGGGUGCAGAGGUCCCGGUGACAUUUAUGUCGCAGAAGAGGACAUAGGGGAGUCCCCAUCAUCAGAUCUAUUUUAAAGCUCCUGUGCCUAUGAAUCUCUGUGUUCCUCAGCACCAAUGAUGGAUGUCCCCAAACACCCCUCCAAUUCCUGCCUGUCUGUGAUUCUGCUCACACGUAGCACCUGCAAAGUCCUGCUGUACAGAAAGUACUCAGUAAAUGUUGGAAUUUGAUGUAUGGUGACAAUUUGGUUCCCAUGUAAUAGUCUAUAGGCCCUAUAGAUUCCUCCCUAUAGAGCAUCUUUUCAGAGUAAU